GAUCGUGUAGUGUGUACUCUACAUCUAAAGAAAAAAGAAAUCACAAUUGUAGUAACCCUAAAUUCUCUCAUCCGUAGCUUUCGGAUGAAACCAUGUGUGAUCGUGAUCCGCAGCCCUCCGAUGAAGCGAUGUUCAAUAUCGACGAAGCCACGUACAAGGACAUGUAUCCGCUGAUUUUUCACAAGGAUGGUAAGACAUGUGUGUUUUGGGAUGUGGAGGAGGAUUACCCAAUCCCAGAUGGUCUCGAUCCUGCUUCGAUUUACCAAAGUAUGAAAGAGGCUGUCAAGAAGCAUGGUUGUGAUGCGGAGGUGACGAUUGAUGCUUAUGCUGAUAAUAAUAAGGUUUCGGAUGACUUGCGACGUCAAUUUUUGGAUGCUGGAUUCGACGAAUUCGAAGUCUUUACCGAAGAGAGUAAAUAUGCGAGACAUUGCGCCAUGUUUUGUGACGUUAUGUUGUGGACACUGGAAAAUCCUACACCAUCAAAUGUGGUUGUGCUCGCAAACAUAAUCGAAGACGACUUCGGUGAUGGUAUCGGAUGUUUGUGUACAAUCUGGUCAUAUGGUGUUCUCUUAUCCCAACCUAAGCAAAAAUGGCGGUUGCCUAUUGGAAGCGCACCCUAGUUUUUGACAAGCAUAUUUGAUGGAGGGGAGGAGAUAUUAGCGGAAGCUCAUAACGUAAGCGGAAGCUAGCGGAUGUUCUGGCUGGUUCCGCCGAGAAAGAACUUUUGUGUGAAGCAACCGCAUCUUCCGAGGACUAACUUUUUUUGUGUGCGCCCUUGGCAAAUCUAUCUCUCAAGGGAUGUUCUAUGUUAUUAUUGUCUUUUGUUGCCUAUCUAAGAUAUAUAUUAGUUAAGAGAUGUCAAGGCCGAGGGUUGAAAACUUUUUUUUUAUUAUUGUCUUAUCUAUAAAUAUAAUACGAUGUGGUUCUGGACAUCUUUACUGUGG